AUGUCGAAACUUCUGGCAACCCUGGCUGGUCCAGGAUAUCUGAUCCUCAACACCGUUCGCGUUCUCAAUAUCAUCGCAUUUCUCGACAUCAUCGCCGCAUGUGUCGUUAUGCUCAUCAAAACCCAUAUCUUAAAUGGCUAUUUCUUCUUCCAGGCUGUCACCCAUGCUGUGAUUGCAAUUAUCAGCAUUUUCUUGAUCAUAUCAGAGCUCCCCAUAUUCCGAGGAUACUUUAAUAGGAAUUGGCCUCUUUUUGGAGAGGAUGCGGGUUUCAUCGCUCUCGCAGGGGUUAUGAUGAUCCUUGGGGUUGCUACCUUGGGAAACCUCAACUUGGCAGCGAUGAGCCAAAAAGACAUAAGUCUGGCAUUUUGGCGGGUUGUACUCUCGGCAGGCAUCCUUGGGAUGGUGAUGAGUGUGGGAAAUGUCCUAGCUACACUUGUAUUCACAGACCGCAAGUCAGGCGUCAGUGCACGUCAAGUUCGUGCCUAUGGUGCUGCGGCACCGAGUGAGGUCAUGAGUCGGGCAAGUAGUCAUAGGUCAUUUCAACUUGGGGUCAAGCGUGACGACUCCCUCCCAACCUACUCCCCGCAGCCGGCUCUGAAGCGAGCAACCAAGCGGUUCACUAAUCGCUUCCCGCUCAAAAUCUCGACACCCUUUAGCAACAACAACAACAACAAUAACAAUAACAACCUGAAUGUCCCGGGUAAUCGCGCAUCUUCCCGGUACUCUCGUGGCCCGAACGAGGCCAAGAUCCCCGAUGAAGAGAUGGCAGAGGUUAAAAUGCCGGAUCUGGCGCAUCACCCGGCCAUGUACUCGGGAUAUCUAUGGCCGGAAUUGGUAUUGACCUCUCCUGGGGAACGUAUUAACAGUGUCAAGUCGCUCCUCGUCUUCUUCGCGCCAAUUAUUAUCCCACGCUUAAUUAACGCAUAUCGUUCAUUUCGCGUAGUGAAGGCAACUCGUCCACCCCCGUGCCAUCUUCCCACCGCUGCCUCGCGGUCUUUGAACCUGUUGUUUGGCAGCAUCGUAUUCUUCCUCAUAUUGAGCCUACCUUUCAACCCACAUGCGCCAGAGCCAAACGUAUUUGCCCUGACCCGUUCACGCAUUAACACCCCGACCGAUGUCGUCUUUCAAAGACUCGCCCGGCUUCGGCCUGAUAGCAUCUUGACCGACACCGACACUUUGCUUCGGGAGAAGUUGACCUCACUCGGCGCGCGAAAAGCAUAUCUGACUUUUGGCCCCGAUACUGUGACCUCAUGUCAAUACUGCUCGUUCGAUAACGUCAAUACCUUCUUUUUAUACUACUUGCCAUUCCACAUACUUCUACCACACCUUCUGCAUCUUUUGAUUCUGGGCGUGGCCACAUCAACACCGUUUGGGGGCCGAGAGUCUGCUCGAUGGCGCAACAAGUUUACAAUUGCCGGUCUGGUACUGGCAGCCUUUGAUCUUUGGACUGUGGCUACAUACGAUGCCUUGCAGUCAGAAUCACCCGCUGUGCGGGCUGGUCAACUGCCACCAACCGGCCUAUACAACUACAUCACGUUGCUACGACCACUCGCGAUUACAGUAAGUGAUGCUGUGUUUUCACUCAUUAUCUACCUCUCCGCGACCAAUAGGUUCUUCUACAAACAAACCUCGCCUGUGGACCAGCUCGAUCAAGCCUUGUCAGCGGCCCUGACCAAUGUCAAUGAUACCAACUCAAAGCUUCACGCCUUGAACGUCACUCGCAAUGCAGUUGUUCGAGACAAGGCGCUCAAGGCACGGGAUGAUCUAUAUUGGCAGACGAUGGUUAAUGUGGAGAGCCCGAGACACGCGGGUGAAGGAGCACCGGGGCACAAGGUGGAAGUUAUGAAUAAUAUUUGGGAAGAGGAACAAGUGGCCCGAGCAUUAUCUCGAGCAAUGGCGGGUCAAGGAGGGGUGGACUUAGCGCAAUUAGGGAUCGAUGCUGAUAAUUACGUUUCGUCGGCGACAGCAGAUCUGAUAUAG